GUUUGAUUGUAAAUGCAUCACCAAGAGGCAGCCCAGAAUGAAGAAAGCAAACAGAAGUGUCGGCUCAGUGCCUAAGGUGUCUGGGAUAAGCAAACCGCAAACAGUAGAAAAAAGCAAGCCGGAAAACAGCUCUUUAGCACCCACAGGAGGCAAACCUGUGAAGCCCGCAACAGCAGCAUCUUUGUCGAAGACCAAGAGCAAUGAUGACCUUUUAGCUGGAAUGGCUGGAGGAGUAAACGUGACUAACGGCGUUAAGGCAAAGAAGAGCUCCUCUUCAUCUGCAGCGCCUUCAGCACCUGCCCCUGCCAUGACCAUUGUGGAGAACAAGUCCAAGAUUAGCACAGGUACUAGUUCCUCAGCCAAACGGAGUGCUUCAGCCGGUAAUAAAGAAUCCAGUUCUACCAGAGAAAGAUUACGUGAGCGCACACGGCUAAACCAGAGCAAAAAACUGCCUUCUGUAAGUCAGGGAGCUAAUGAUGUGGCAUUGGCUAAACGUUCUCGCAGCCGCACUGCUGCGGAGGGUGAUAUUCGAAUGAGCAAGUCUAAGUCGGACAAUCAGAUCAGUGACAAAGCUGCCUUGGAAGCCAAGGUGAAAGAUCUCCUCACCCUGGCAAAAACCAAGGACGUGGAGAUUUUGCAUUUGAGAAAUGAACUCCGAGACAUGCGUGCUCAGCUGGGCAUUAAUGAGGACCCUUCUGAAGGAGAUGAAAAGUCUGAAGAGAAGGAAACCAUUAUUGCUCACCAGCCAACUGACGUGGAGUCUACUUUACUGCAACUGCAGGAACAGAAUACAGCCAUCCGGGAGGAGCUCAACCAGCUGAAAAAUGAAAACAGAAUGCUAAAGGACAGGUUGAAUGCAUUGGGCUUUUCCCUAGAGCAGAGGCUGGACAAUCCUGAAAAACUAUUUGGCUAUCAGUCCCUGAGCCCAGAGAUCACCGCUGGUAACCAGAGCGAUGGAGGAGGAACUCUGACAUCUUCGGUAGAAGGUUCUGCCCCCGGGUCAGUUGAAGAUCUCCUGAGUCAGGAUGAAAAUACACUCAUGGACCAUCAGCACAGUAACUCUAUGGACAACCUGGACAGUGAGUGCAGCGAGGUGUACCAGCCCCUCACUUCAAGUGAUGAUGCUCUGGAUGCCCCCUCGUCUUCAGAGUCAGAGGGCAUCCCGAGCAUAGAGCGUUCUCGCAAGGGGAGCAGCGGGAAUGCGAGUGAGGUCUCCGUUGCUUGCCUGACAGAACGGAUUCACCAGAUGGAAGAGAACCAGCACAGUACCAGUGAGGAGCUGCAGGCAACUCUGCAGGAGCUAGCGGAUCUCCAGCAGAUUACCCAGGAACUCAACAGUGAGAACGAAAGGCUGGGAGAGGAGAAGGUCAUCCUGAUGGAGUCGCUGUGUCAGCAGAGUGAUAAGUUGGAACACUUUGGCCGGCAGAUUGAAUAUUUCCGCUCCCUUCUAGAUGAGCAUCACAUUUCUUAUGUCAUAGAUGAAGACGUAAAAAGCGGGCGCUACAUGGAACUGGAGCAGCGGUACAUGGAUUUGGCUGAGAAUGCCCGCUUCGAGCGAGAGCAGCUCCUCGGUGUCCAGCAGCACCUAAGCAACACUCUGAAGAUGGCAGAGCAAGACAACAAGGAAGCUCAAGAGAUGAUCGGUGCUCUCAAAGAGCGCAGCCACCACAUGGAGCGCAUUAUUGAGUCUGAGCAGAAGGGCAAAGCAGCCCUGGCAGCCACACUAGAGGAGUACAAAGCCACCGUGGCCAGUGACCAGAUCGAGAUGAAUCGCCUGAAGGCCCAGCUGGAGAACGAAAAGCAGAAAGUGGCCGAGUUGUAUUCCAUCCAUAACUCCGGAGACAAAUCCGAUAUCCAGGACCUCCUGGAGAGCGUGAGGUUGGACAAGGAAAAGGCAGAGACUUUGGCCAGUAGCCUGCAGGAAGAUCUGGCUCAUACCCGAAAUGAUGCCAAUCGGUUACAGGACACCAUUGCCAAGGUAGAAGACGAGUACCGAGCUUUCCAGGAAGAAGCCAAGAAGCAGAUUGAAGAUUUGAAUAUGACAUUGGAAAAAUUAAGAUCAGAGCUGGAGGAAAAAGAGACAGAAAGGAGUGACAUGAAGGAAACUAUCUUCGAGCUUGAAGAUGAAGUAGAGCAGCAUCGAGCUGUGAAGCUUCAUGACAACCUCAUUAUCUCUGACUUAGAGAAUACUGUUAAAAAACUCCAAGACCAAAAGCAUGACAUGGAAAGAGAAAUCAAGACACUUCACAGGAGACUUCGGGAAGAAUCUGCAGAGUGGCGGCAGUUUCAGGCUGAUCUCCAGACCGCGGUGGUCAUCGCAAAUGACAUCAAAUCCGAAGCCCAGGAAGAGAUUGGUGACCUAAAGCGGCGAUUACAUGAGGCCCAAGAGAAGAACGAGAAACUCACAAAGGAAUUGGAAGAAAUAAAGUCACGCAAGCAAGAGGAGGAGCGAGGCCGGGUCUACAACUACAUGAAUGCUGUUGAAAGAGAUUUGGCAGCCUUGCGGCAAGGGAUGGGAUUAAGCAGAAGGUCCUCAACUUCCUCAGAGCCAACUCCCACAGUAAAAACCCUCAUCAAGUCUUUCGACAGUGCAUCUCAAGUACCAAAUGCUGCUGCAGCUGCAAUUCCUCGAACACCUCUGAGUCCAAGUCCCAUGAAAACCCCUCCUGCAGCUGCUGUUUCCCCCAUGCAGAGACAUUCCAUAAGUGGACCAAUCUCAACAUCCAAGCCCCUGACAGCCCUGUCAGAUAAGAGAUCAAACUAUGGAGAAAUUCCUGUACAAGAGCAUCUACUAAGAACAUCUUCAGCUAGCCGACCUGCUUCUCUCCCAAGAGUCCCUGCUAUGGAAAGUGCCAAGACCAUCUCAGUGUCUCGACGAAGUAGUGAAGAAAUGAAACGGGACAUGUCUGCAUCUGAGGGAGCAUCACCAGCCUCUCUCAUGGCUAUGGGCACCACGUCACCACAGCUCUCCCUGUCUUCCUCUCCCACGGCAUCAGUCACUCCAAGCACCCGGAGCCGAAUAAGGGAGGAACGGAAAGACCCCCUCUCAGCUCUGGCAAGGGAAUACGGAGGAUCUAAAAGGAACGCCUUGUUGAAGUGGUGUCAGAAGAAGACAGAAGGUUAUCAGGUAACCAUGUGGUUCUCUUACUCAGUGUGAGUGAGCACUGAGCAA